UUGACAGAUUCAGCUGAUUUGCUGACGUCACAGUCGAGAUGACAGCAGUAGGGAUGUGCCGAGAUAAUACUUUUAGGUAUCCAAUACAUUGCUACUCUUUCUACUACGGUUUUCUAAAGUUUUAAGUGAAAAAAGAGCACAAGGCAACCCAUGCUUGCCACAGAAAUUUAUGCCCGUUCCAUUAUUUCUUGAGAAAAGAGCGAGCCAACAGGCUGGGGAAGUAUCAGUUGUCAAAAUUCCUUGGACAGACACACGAAAUAAUGGCAAUUUUUUCUAGACCGUUUUCUUGUGAACUGCAUAUCAGCCUGUAUAUAGGGAUGCAAACUAUGCAUCGGUAUUUUUGAAACAUCGAUAAUAUUGGUUCGAAAUUCGAUGUUUGCCAUCGAUGCUUAUAAUUUUCAAAAAUCGCUAAAUUCAUGAUACAUCGAUACCAAUUUCAGCGAUGUUGUAACAUCGACGUUAGUGUAAUAUUACGUUUCCACCAAAGUGAAACCCUGGGUUUGCAGGUUUUGGGUUUGAGAGAGUUGUCAACUGUUUCGACUGCGUGUUUGAUCAAAAUUGUGUUGAAACUGUCAUAUUGUUAUAUUGAUUUUGUCAUUUUAUUUUAAAAUAAUAGAUAGUGAGGUGACGACAUAUUAUUUAAAAAAGAAGAUAAGAGAAAAUAAAAUGCUUUUGUCUAUUGCUGCCAAUUUACUGGACCCAAGAAUAGUGCGUUCACAAAGUGUCUGGUGUUUGGAACAUUCCAGUACCUUUUGGGAAGUAGACUGCCAGUAGAAUGGCUCUAAGUUUUUCAAAGAGAAUUUCCGGAUGAAUAGAUCCAGCUUUGACGAAUUAUGUAGUCUCCUAAAAAAAUUACCAAAAAGGACACAAAUUAUCGGGAUGCAAUUCCACUAGAAAAGCGCGUUGCAAUUGCUCUUUAUGCAUUAGGAUCUUCUAGUUAAUAUAGGUCAAUUGCACACUUAUUUGGAGUAGGCAAAACUACUGUUUGCAAAAUAUUUAUUGAGUUUUGCAAUGAAGUUUGGGCAAGUUUGGCGCCAAUUUAUUUAAACAAUUUUCCCCUUAAAAGGUCGCAAAUUGAGCAGGGAGUUGCAGAUUUCAAUGCAAUGGGUUAUCCACAAUGUAUUGGAGCUAUAGGUAGGCUUAAAAGUAAUGCGAUGGAAAAGAACUUUUAUCAGAAACGGUUUUAUAAUACAGAUGGAUGUCAUAUAGAGAUACACCCAAAAAAAGAAGAAGCCAUUGAUUAUCCCAACUACAAAGGGUGGUAUUCAGUCGUACUGUUGGCUUUAAUAGACGCAAAAUAUAGAUUCAGUUAUAUCCAUUGCGGCAGCCCAGGAAGGUGCAAUGAUUCCUCAAUUUUUGAAAAGUCGUCUCUAAAACGGGAGCUGCAGGAAUGCGCACUCCUUGAUGAAUUGAGCUGGCAGUAUGGAUCCACAAAAAUACCAGUGCACGUUAUAGGUGACUCAGCCUUUCGCCUAUCUCAGCAUUUAAUGAAGCCAUACCCGCAUAGCGUAAACAACACACCUGAACAAAAAAAAUUCAACUAUAGAUUAUCCAAGUGUCGACGUGUUGUGGAAAAUGCUUUUGGCCAUUUAAAAGCCAGAUUUAGAAGAAUUGGAAAAGGCGUGGAUAAUCACAUAAAAAAUGCAAACACUGUGAUUUGUGCUGCAUGCGUUUUACACAAUUUUUUAAUUGCACAGAAGGACUCUAUCGUAGAGAAUCGGGUAGUAGAAAUGCAACGAGAUAGCAGGUGCAACCCGCAAUGCAGCAACAACCAAAGUGAUCGAUCUGAAGGAGAAUUGAUAAGAAAUUCUUUAAAGGAAUAUUUCCGUGUGGAGACUUCGCUGAGGGCUGGAGACGAUGAUGCCGAAAAUGUAGGGGACGAAUCAACUGGAAGUGAAGAGCAUGAAGGCGAAAUUGGCGACGUAGGCGGCAUAGCUAUACAACAAUAAAAAUUGUAAAACCCUCUUAAUUAGUAAUAAUUAAUAUACAUAAAUAAAAUUACCUGUUAUACUAUCCACCA